UCCAAAUCCGCCUCCCAGUCCACCCCAGCACCCUCUACCAUGAAGCUUCAUCAACUCGUUCGCCCCGAAAUCUACAAGAACGGAAAGCGGCCGGCUUUCUCUGCCGCCUACGCUCGUGCCGCUCGUCGUUACGGUUUCGAGACCGGACGCAACGCCGGCUUCGCGAAGCGUAACAAUGUUGUCGUGAAGGUCAAGAGCAAGCACGACCAGGACACCGACCACGAGGUCCCCGCCGAGUCCAUCCAGAACGGCCUCGAGUAUGUCGUGCCCGUCAAGAUUGGCACCCCGGGCGUCACGCUCAACCUCGACUUCGACACUGGUUCCUCUGACCUAUGGGUCUGGAGCUCCGAACUUUCGCGUGCCUCGUCGACCAAGGGCCACACCAUCUACAAUCCCUCCAAGUCCUCCACGGCCAAGAAGGCAUCUGGCACGUGGAAUAUCAGCUACGGCGAUGGCUCCUCAGCUUCUGGCAACGUGUACACGGACAAUGUGACCGUUGCGGACGUUACUAUCCCGGGCCAGGCCAUCGAGCUCGCCGAGAAGCUCAGUGCGAGUUUCCUCCAGGACGGAGGGAACGACGGACUGCUUGGUCUCGCUUGGCCGCAGAUCAACACCGUCUCGCCCAAGCCUGUACCCACCCCGGUGGAGAACAUGAUCACUAAGAAGCUGAUUAACCCCUCCGUGUUCACCGUCAAGCUUGGCCGCGGAGACGAGGCUGGAUUCUACUCCUUUGGAUUCAUUGACACCUCUGUGACGCCCAACCCGAUCACAUACACUCCCGUGGACAACUCUCAGGGAUUCUGGCAAGUCGCGUCCACUAGCUGGUCGCUGAACGGCGAGACGAAGGAGCGUUCGGGAAACACGACCAUCCUCGACACCGGCACCACCCUUCUCCUCGUUUCUGACGACGUCGUCGAUGCACUCUACGGCGGCAUCAAGGGUGCUGUUUUCGACAACCAGCAGGGUGGAUACAAGUUCCCCUCAGACGCCACUGUACCCGACGUUUCCUUUGCCGUCGGCGACACGCUCUACAAGGUGAACGCUAAGGACAUCGCCUUUGGUGACGCCGGCGACGGGUUCACCUUUGGCGGCAUCCAGAGCCGCGGCGACCUCGAUUUCGAUAUCUUCGGAGACGUGUUCCUCAAGUCUGUUUAUGUCGUCUUUAACCAGGGCGAGAAGACCGUCGGGCUAGCGCAGCGCGACGACUGAGCGGUACUCGAACCAAUCGGUGCCGUGUCGAUGUCAUUUGAGAGGUUGCUGUAGGAUGAUGGAACAUUGAUGUGUUGGCUUUGAAACUUGAUGUCAUAAGGACACGAACUUUCUGCUGUUGUUGUGGUGGACGUUUUGUUUGCGGACUGAUAGCUCGGAUGGCCUCGGAAUGUCUGUAACAGUGUACUUGAAUCUGCAUAUACGCAA